CUGGCUGACAGUAGAGGGAGAGAGAGAGAAAGAGAAAUGGCGCCUCGGCACUCUACUAGCUGAGAGACACAGUCAGAACGAAAGCAACUGACAAGAGCUACAGGAUAGGAACUGUCUAUCAGCGGGGACAGACAGCAAUCAUGGUGAACACCAGGAAGAGCUCGGAGCACAAGCCCGUCAGUCCCUUCAUCUCGGGCCGGACGAGGUCGUCUCAGAGGAACACCCCAAACUUGGACGAGCACAACAGCCGUGUAAGGAAGAGAGAGACACCGGCAGCCUAUUCUCUCCGCCAGCCGAAAGAGCCCAGCAGUGAUGUUAAUAGCAGUAGCCCACGUUUGUCCCCACCUCCCAAGCGGACACGCAGGCAGACGCCACCAAGUUCUACUGAUACUUCUCCAAGUCCCCAGAGUAAAGGCCAGAGAGGCUCAUCAUGGACCAUGUCCAAACACUGUACCAGGUUGUCCACUGGUGCCUUGCAGAAUGGACACAGUCGAAUGAGUCUGAGAGGUGAUUCUACAUCAGAGGGGGACCAUGGUCGUAUGAACGGUCAUGUUGAGCUCAAGAGGAGCCGUCGCAUCAGGAAGUCCCAAUUCGAACACCUUAAUCAGAGUUUACUUUUCGACCAACUUGUCAACAGUACGGCAGAAGCAGUUCUUCAAGAGAUGGACAACAUCAGCAGCAUACGGCAGAAUCGGGAAGUGGAGCGCCUCCGCAUGUGGACGGACACUGAACUGGUUCAGGAAAACAUGGACAUGUACUCCCGUGUGAAGAGGAGGAAGUCUUUGCGGAGGAACACAUAUGGAAUGCAGGGGCAUCACAAAGUCAUGAGCAAAUCAAAGGACCCUGAAGAGGAGGAAGGAACUGAAGAGUCUCAUGAGGAGGGAGAGGAGGAUGAAGAUGUGGAGGCUGAUGAUGAUGAAGACGAUGAAGGAGACGAGGCAGAAGAGGUUGGAGAGGAGAACGACAGACCUUAUAACCUCAGGCAGCGUAAAACUGUGCAACGAUAUGAAGCUCCCCCAAUAGAGCCAGUGAACAGGAAGCAAAGCAAGGGCUCGCUGUUCGACACACACCGAUCGCCUGCAAGAAGAAGCCAUAUUAGAGUAAAGAAACAUGCCAUUCACAGCAGUGAAUCAACAUCAUCAUCAGACGAAGAGCGCUUUGAAAGGCGGAAAGGCAAAAGCAUGAGCCGAGCUCGUAACAGGUGCCUACCCAUGAACCUGCGGGCAGAGGAUUUGGCUAGCGGUGUUCUUCGCGACCGAGUAAAAGUGGGUGCCAGUUUAGCGGAUGUGGAUCCCAUGAAUCUGGACACUUCUGUGAAGUUUGACAGUGUUGGAGGUCUCACCCACCACAUCCAGUCUUUGAAAGAAAUGGUCGUCUUUCCUCUACUAUAUCCAGAAGUGUUUGAAAAGUUUAAGAUCCAGCCUCCAAGAGGAUGUCUGUUCUAUGGACCUCCAGGAACUGGGAAGACGCUGGUGGCGCGGGCUUUGGCUAAUGAAUGCAGUCAGGGAGACAGGAAGGUGUCUUUUUUCAUGCGCAAGGGCGCCGACUGCCUCAGCAAAUGGGUGGGAGAGUCUGAGCGACAGCUCCGCCUACUUUUUGACCAGGCAUACCUCAUGAGACCUUCCAUCAUCUUUUUCGAUGAGAUUGAUGGCCUCGCUCCUGUUCGCUCCAGCAGACAGGAUCAAAUUCACAGCUCCAUAGUGUCCACAUUACUGGCAUUGAUGGAUGGUUUGGACAGCCGGGGGGAGAUAGUGGUCAUCGGUGCUACAAACAGACUCGACUCUAUCGACCCUGCACUCAGGAGGCCCGGACGCUUUGACCGGGAGUUUCUGUUCAACCUGCCAGAUAAAAAGGCCCGAAAGCACAUUCUAGAAAUCCACACCAGGGACUGGAGCCCCAGGCUAGCCGAACCCUUCAUAAAUGAGCUAGCCGAGAAAUGUGUCGGUUACUGUGGGGCCGACAUCAAAGCACUUUGCACAGAGGCUGCGCUAGCGGCUCUGCGGCGGCGCUAUCCUCAGAUCUACGCCACCAGCCAGCGCUUUCAGCUGGACGUGGGCUCCAUCGUUUUGGGGGCGCAGGACUUUGGUCGUGCCCUUCGCUCCAUAGUACCUGCGGGCCAGAGGGCUGUGGCUCCGCCCGGCCAGGCCCUUUCCUGCGUCUUGAAGCCCCUGCUGGAGCCCACGCUGGCUCAAAUGCUUGCCUGCUUGAUGCGAGUCUUCCCCCACGCAGAGCUCCUGCACAGGGAACACACACACGACUUGGACAAUCAUCUGUUGGUGGAGGACUCGUAUAGCGAGGACGAGGAAUGUCUUGGUGCUCCUUCCAUUUAUGAAACUCAGCCAGGAUCGCCGAAGAAAGCAGCUUCCUGCACCACCCAUAAACCCUUUCUCCACUUUACCACUUCUGCCUACCAGCAGCCCACCUCUUACCGGCCACGGCUGCUGCUGACGGGGCCCCAGGGCGCGGGGCAGAGCACACACCUGGCCCCUGCUGUGCUGCACCACCUGGAGAAGUUCACUGUGCACCGUCUUGACCUUCCCACACUAUACUCCGUCAGUGCCAAAACCCCAGAGGAGUCCUGUGCUCAGGUGUUUCGUGAGGCUCGGCGGUGUGUACCCAGCAUCAUCUACAUGCCUCACAUCAGUGACUGGUGGGAAGCCAUCAGUGAGACGGUCAAGAGCAGCUUCCUCACACUGCUGCAAGACGUGCCCUCAUUCACUCCGCUCCUCAUCCUCGCCACAGCAGAGACUGUCUACCAGCAGCUCCCUGACGAGCUAAAAUGCAUCUUCAGCCGUUCAUACAGGGAGGUGGUUUGUUUAACCAUGCCGGGAGAAGAAGCACGUAGGAAUUUUUUUUCGGACCUCAUUCUGGUGCAGGCGGCCAAGGCACCACCCCGCAGUAGAAAAACAGUGUGCUCUCUGGAGGUACUGACCCUCGCUGAAGACCCCGGCCCUCGACAGCUCUCGCCAGAGGAGCAGCGGCGAUUGGAGGAGCAGGAGGAGAACACCUUGCGCGAGCUCCGCCUCUUUCUCAGGGACGUCACAAAGCGGCUCGCCACUGACAAGCGCUUCCAGAUCUUCAGCAAACCCGUAGACAUUGAGGAGGUGUCAGACUACCUCGAGGUUAUCAAACAGCCUAUGGACCUGUCCGCCAUCAUGAUGAAGAUCGACACUCACAAGUACACGGUCGCCGGUGAUUUUCUAGUGGAUGUUGACCUCAUUUGCAGCAACGCGUUAGAGUACAAUCCAGACAAAGACCCAGGAGAUAAAAUCAUCCGCCACAGGGCCUGCAGUCUGAAGGAUACUGCACACGCCAUGAUCGCCUCUGAACUGGACCCUGAAUUCGACCGCAUGUGCGUGGAGAUCAAGGAGUCCCGCAAGAAGAGAGACUUUCAGACCACACCGCAGCCGCCAAUCACUCCAAGCACCGUGGCAACCAGGAAGCCCGUGGGAGAGGAGGCGGGAUUAAGCAGUUCUCAGUGUGAUGGAGUGGACAAGCACUGCAGCAAUAACAUAAAGCGAAAAUUGCGACGGCGGCCGAUUUGGGGGCGGGGCAUCAUCAGGAAGAAAAAGAGCUAUAAAAAGGAAGAAGCAGAAGAUGAUGAAGAUCCCGAUGAUGAACCCGAAGAGGGAGCGGAUGACUCGGCUGCAAUGGCGCAAGGUGACACCUGUCUCACUCAGGACGAGUCGUCCUGUGACGCAAUGGAGCUCCAUCCUGAGAAACAACCACUCCAGUCCAAUGGACACAUCCUCUCCACAGAGGAGGAAAACUCAUGUGAGCCGACGGCCAAUCAGGACCCUCAGGGCGAGGAGGAGGCCAUCGAGACUCCCUCGGAGGAAGCUCCUAGCGUUAAGGAGCCAUCAGAGGUCCCGACGGUCCCCGCUCCACAGGAGUGUGUGAAUGGAAAUGAAUCUUUGGACAGUGUGUAUAGUGAUGCUCUAGAUAAAGAAACAGAGGUAGACUCUAUUAAAAUAGAUGCAUUUGAAGAGAAACCAGGAGAGCAUAAAGAACCUUCUGCCCCAGAAUGCAAUGCAGAGGAGAAUGUGACCGCAGCGGAGGAAACGGCGUCUGAUGGCGACCAUGAAAAAGAAGGUUCAUCAAAAGGGAAGAAACAUGUCAAAGGUUCACCCGAACCCGAGUCAGAGGAGCUGGCCGUGCAACUUCCACCACCUCCUGCUCUCGUGGUUGACCACCAGCGCCUCGAGGCUCUGUUGGAGCAGGUGGUUGUGAAAUGUGAGGGCUUCAGUGUGGAUCAUCUGGAGAGAGUUUACUCGGUGCUCAGCCAGUGUAUUUACCAGCACCGCAGAGACUACGACAAGACCCAUCUGAUAGAGGCGAUGGAGAGGCAACUUGAGCAUUUUCGAGACAUUCCUGUGAUGAAUAGAGGGCUUUCAGAGAGAAAUGUGAUUGGAGACUCUUUUGACAGAAGAGGGAGAGGCCAGCACUCGGAUGCGAGUCCUUAACAUGGAGCAGGACGCCUCGGGCUUAAAGGAGGGAAAAAAGUGCAGACAUUUGAAACAAAGGCGACCUUGGUGCUAUCAUCUCAGGUACCUGAAACAGAACCAAACACAAACUCCUGGAGGUUUCGUUUUUGCUCGUUUCUUUUUUUGUAAACUCUCAUACAUGCCAAUUGCCGAUGAUUGUUCCUGGUGCUAUUGGGUGCUAUUGUUUUAUUUUUUUUUUUUGUUUUGUUUUCAUCUGCUGCUCCUUGUUCUCAUAAGCAAGCAAACAAAACACAAACAAACACAGUACAAAAUAAAAGAUUGCGUGAUGUCACAAAGCAACCUCGGCCUCUGUCUACUGGAAACAAACACACACACACACACACACAGAUUCUCACCAGCAGUGGAAAACUGUAUACGGAUGGUGUGAUGCCCCACAGCUCGAGUCAGUUUGGUCAUUUACUGUGGAAAUAAACUACAUCUCCCUCUUUCUACGUCCGCUCCUGUGAUGUCACACCAUUGAGAUUAUUGAGAAAACACUUUUUAGCCACAUAGAUAUUCC